AUGGCUUUAGUAGCGCAGUUUGUUGUUUCACCCUUUAUGGAAAUUUAUAUCCAACAGUUUGCAACUUGUGUUAUGCAGACCUUUGGCGAAAACAUCGCUGCAACAGAAAUGGAAGUAAUUGAGUUUCAAAAUGAUUUAUCCUUAAAAUCGUUAGUCUCAAGUACCAAAUGUAUCAGGCCUAUUCUUAAAAUUGAUAAUGCGAAAAAAACUGGAACCGGUGGAAUGGGAAUGUUAACUAAAGUUGAUAAUGUGGUAUUAGAAAUAAUUGGGAAAGAGUUUCCUGUAAUUUAUGGACUAGGAGUAGCUGAGUCGUUCGAAAAACAUCAGGAACAGUCAUGUGAAACAAUCCCAGAGGAUGACUCUGAAGGUAUUAUCAACAAAAGCCGACCAAUCAGUGAACACGUGACCCCAUUUACUUCAAAAGAAACCUAUGGAAAACGAAAACGAGUUACCGCAAACAAUGCAUGUACAUACAAUGCAUCUGCUUUAAAACAAGAAAAGCUCACGUUGCAAGUUGAAUACCUCAAACUGAAGAAUUAUAGAACUAAAUUGGAAAUAAGAAAAAUAAGAGCAAUAACUCCAACUGCCUACAUCUGA